AGUGGUGCACUCUCGGCGGCGCCGGUGCGCGAGGCUGCGGGCGUGCUUGAGUGGCCUGCCCCGCGCCCGCCGCUGCCAUGGACGGUCUACGCCAGCGCUUCGAACGUUUUCUGGAACAGAAGAACGUGGCCACCGACGCGCUCGGGGCGCUCGAAGCCAGGACCGGAGUAGAGAAGCGGUAUCUCGCCGCGGGAGCCCUCGCCCUUCUAGGCCUGUAUCUUCUGUUCGGCUACGGGGCCUCUCUACUGUGCAAUGUCAUCGGAUUUGUAUACCCCGCAUAUGCUUCAGUCAAAGCUAUCGAGAGCCCAAACAAGGAAGACGACACUGUGUGGCUAACCUAUUGGGUGGUGUACGCCCUGUUCGGUCUAGUCGAAUUCUUCAGCGAUCUACUCCUGUUCUGGUUCCCUUUCUACUACGCGGGCAAGUGCGCCUUCCUGUUAUUUUGCAUGACCCCCGGACCCUGGAACGGGGCGUUACUACUGUAUCAUCGCGUCAUAAGACCACUGUUUCUAAAGCAUCACGUGGCUCUAGACAGCGCCGCGAGCCAGCUAAGCGGAAGAGCAUUGGACCUAGCAGCUGGGAUAACCAGGGACGCCAAGUCAAGUCAGACCCCACUCCUGAACCACAAGUGAGGUCUGCUGGAAGUCUGUGUGCGGAUCCCCCAGUCAAUGACAAGGGACACACAGUUGACAAUGCCCAGGCCUCUGACAAUUCUUC